AUGAGCAGCCAUCAAACUCGAAUCAAGGUAAUUUCCCCAGCUGCUGUCUUGUCGCCAACUACAAGGCCUGUAUCAGAUCAGCGAAAUCCCAAAACCAACACAUUACAAACUUCUCAGACACAGACCCUUCUUGCGAUCUUGAACAAUGCAAGAUGCCUUGGAUUCGAUAUCGGAAAGUUAAUGGACUGUCAUCAAAAUGACCUCUCACCUUUCUACCGCCCAAUAUCACCGACAGAUAAUCCCCAUGAAAUUAUUGCGACAACACUCAACCUGUCGAUGCCCAUUCAUCUGCAACCAACGAUGGCGCAGAUGCUCGUUCCGCAUCAUGCUGCUCUAGAUCUAGUUCCACUGCCACUUUUGCGCGAUCGCAUUAUCAUGCUUUCGUUUGCAAUGCCAAAGGUCUUUGAUCUUUGGGAUCUGAAGCUGGAUAUCUAUGUUCGGAAUGGCCUUGCGCUGAAGAGCAAGAGUGAUAGAGGGGAGUGGCCUUCAUGGGAUCGCAGGUCUUGGGAAAUGAAGCCUUGGUUCGGUGAAAAAUGGGGGAUGGGAGUUUGUGAAUGA